UUGAAGCAGGAAGACACAGGAAAGAGGUCCUGCCCAGACAAGACACCAUGCGUGGCCUCUGCCUGUGGCUCCUCCUCAUUCCCGAAUGCUUGGCUUCUCAUCAGAGACUCCAAUGGCUGGUUAGUAUUCCCUCCACCUUCCGAGCCUGGGAAGACUCCUGCAUCUGGAUUCCUUGCCUCUACCAAAUCCCGAAGUCGUCUGCGGUUCUGGACAGGUUCUCCCUGUACCACAACUAUUGGUUUGAGGAAGGCAUCAAAGACUUCAAUGGGACUAUCAUCUAUAGUAAUACCCAGAUCGGGCAGUUUCCUCCUCAGCAGGGAAGGGUACGGUUCCUGGGAGACAAAACCAACAACUGUACCCUGAGCAUCCAUCCUGUGCACGUCAAUGACAGCGGCAGGCUGGGGCUGAGGAUGACGUCAGAAGGGGACAAGUGGAUGAAGGAAAUCCAACUCAACGUCUCCAAAACACCCUUCCCGCCUUCCAUCCAGCUCCCUCCAGAAAUCCGGGAAAGCACGACAGUAGCUCUGACCUGCUUGUUGAAUUUCGCCUGCUAUCAGUACAACAUCCAACUACAGUGGUCCCUGAAGGAGCCUGCAGUGACCUCUACUGUCCUUUCUACCAACAAGGUCUACACUGAGAGCAAGGUUACCUUCCAACCACAGUGGACAGACCAUGGGAAGAAUGUGACGUGCCAGGUCAGGAAUGCUACCCAAGUGCUCUCCAAGGCUACAGUGCGGCUAGAUGUCAAGCAUGUCCCAAAGUUGACUAUCGAGGUCAUUCCCAGAGAGGCUGCUGUCAUGGAGGAAGGCUCUGUGACCAUGACGUGCCAGGUUAUCAGCAGCAACCCAGAGUACACGACUCUGUCCUGGUUCAAGGAUGGAAACCUCUUGAGGGGCGAGAAGACACCUACGCUAAAUCUGUCCUCAGUGACCAAGGACAUGAGUGGGAAGUACCGCUGUGAGGCCUCCAACAACAUGGGCUCAGGGAAGUCGGAAGAAGUGACCGUCACAGUGUGGUAUGCUCCAGAACCUUCCGUGGUUCAGAUCCACCAGUCACCUACUAAGGAAGAAAAACCAGUAGAGAUGAUUUGUGUGUCACCGGCCAGUCCACGUCCAAAAAAUUAUAUUUGGUAUCACAACAGGAAAAUAAUGCCUGGAAAGACACAAGAGAAGUUUCAGAUUCCCAAGGUCUUCCUCUGGCAUGCUGGGAAUUACUCCUGUUUGGCAGAAAACCAGCUGGGGCCUGGACAGAUUGGUCAGGAAUCCCAGCUGGAUGUCCAAUAUGCCCCCAAGGAGGUAACUGCGGUGAUCCAGAGCUCAACACCCAUCCGAGAAGGAGACAUGGUGACCCUGUCCUGUAGCUACAACUCUAGCAACCCAGCAGUUACCCACUACCAGUGGAGCCCUGAAGGCUCCUGGACAGAGCCCACGCCUGGGGUGCUGCGGAUUCCAAGAGCUGCCUGGGAUGCCACACCUAUCGCCUGUGCAGCCUGCAACGCGUGGUGCACCUGGGCUUCCCCCGUCAGCCUGGACGUCCAAUAUGCCCCCAGGGAUGUGAAGGUCCUGAAACUCAGCCCCCAGACAGAGAUUCAUGCUGGUCACCAUGUCCAGCUCCGAUGCCUCUUCUCUGGGAGCCGCCCUGCAGGAGUUAACUUCUUCUGGAAGAAAAAUGGAGGUUUUCUGGUGGAAGGAAGAGACUUGAACUUCGACUCCAUCUCCCCAGAAGAUGCUGGACAUUACAGCUGCAUGGUCAACAACUCCAUUGGACAGACCUCAUCAAAGGCCUGGUGGCUCCAAGUGCUGUAUGCUCCUCGGAGGCUGCAUGUGUCCAUUCACCCGGAGAACAGUGUGAUGGAGGGGAAGAAAGCAGUUCUGACCUGUGAGAGUGAAGCCAACCCUCCCAUCUCACAGUAUGCCUGGUUUGACGGGAACAACCGAGACCUUACCUUUGCUGGCCAGACGCUGCAUUUGGAGCCUGUGAAGGUCCAGCAUUCCGGCUCCUACCGUUGCCAGGGUGCCAAUCAGCUGGGUGUGGGCGAGUCACAGCCUACCACCCUCACUGUCUACUAUAGCCCAGAGACCCUUGGUAAGCGAGUAGCCCUGGGAUUUGGGUUCUGCUUGGUCAUCUUCAUCCUGGCCAUCUGGGGGCUGAAACUACUGAAGAGAUGGAAGAGGACUCAGAGCCAGCAGGGGCUUCAGGAGAAUUACAGUGGUCAGAGCUUCUUUGUGAGGAAUAAGAAGGCCACAAGGACCCCUCUCUCUGAAGGCCCCAACUCCAUGGGAUGCUACAACCCGGUGAUGGACGACAGCGUUAACUAUGCAGUCUUGCGCUUUCCAGAGACAGACAGGCCGAGCAGCAGAGAUGCGGGGACCUCAGAAACACAGGAGCCUCUUCCAAACAGCAACGAUGUGGUCACUUAUUCGGUGCUGCAGAAGCGUCACAUGGGUGACUACGAGAACACGACCGCAGACUGCUCAGAGGAUGACGGCAUUCAUUACUCGGAGUUGGUUCAGUUUGGGUCUGGGGAGCGGCCUCAAGGGAAGGAGGAGGUGGAAUAUGUGACUCUCAAGCAAUGAUGUUGGAAGUGGCGGCGGUGGAAGGGGCUGGGGAUGAAGGAAGUCCUACAGUGUCUCCAUGGCUGCUGUUUGGCUGCUAAGUCACAGGGUUGGUCUCUCUCUCUUGUCUUCCUUACACAUACACACUCAAUUCAUGUUGAGAACCUUGUGUCUGGCCCAGAGCCAGCCUUCCUUCUCAGCAUGGGAACACCAGUCCCAUGCUGUGCAGCGUCCCCAGCCCCGGCCAUCUGCCAUCGGCAACCCCUCCUGAGCUUUGCAUCAGCUGAGCGUGUCCCUGCUGGGAUUCGCCUGUCACCAACA